GUGACUUGGGGUCAUGUGGGCCAGCGGAGGGGGGGUGGUGGAGUCAGUAAACAGGGUUUGUGGUGUGUAUUCGCGAGGAAGUGAAACGGAAAGCGUUUCUUUACCAGCUUAGACUUAGUUGUUGGACAGCGGAGGGUCGGUUGUCCGGUUGCCGACAUGCAGAACGUUAUAAAUUCAGUGAAGGGCACCGCGCUGGGAGUGGCCGAGUUGCUGACGCCCGUUUUGAAGGAAUCCAAGUUUAAGGAGACGGGCGUCAUCACACCGGAAGAGUUUGUGGCUGCAGGAGAUCAUCUUGUUCAUCACUGCCCCACUUGGAAAUGGGUAUCUGGAGAAGAGUCAAAAAUAAAGCAUUAUUUACCAAAGGACAAACAGUUUUUACUGACUCGUAAUGUGCCCUGCUACAAGCGCUGUAAGCAGAUGGAGUACUGCGAUGAGCUGGAGGCCAUCAUAGAAGAGGAUGACGGCGAUGGAGGCUGGGUGGACACCUACCACAACUCAGGUGUUUCAGGAAUGACUGAAGCCGUGCGUGAAAUCACGUUGGACAAUAAGGACAACAUGAACAUGAAUGUGGACAUGGGUGCUUGUGGAAAUGAGGACGAUGACGAAGAUGGGGAGGCAGCUGACAUGGAAGAGUACGAGGAAAGUGGACUUCUGGAAACAGACGAGGCAACGCUGGACACCAGCAAAGUGCUUGAAGUGAGCAAAUCCAAAGCGGAGCCUGGGGGCGAGGACGCCAUUCUGCAGACGCGCACCUACGACCUUUACAUCACCUACGACAAGUACUACCAAACCCCGCGCCUCUGGCUCUUCGGCUAUGAUGAGGACCGGCAGCCACUGACCGUCGAGCGCAUGUAUGAGGACAUCAGCCAGGACCAUGUGAAGAAGACGGUCACUAUCGAGAACCACCCACACUUGCCACCCCCUGCCAUGUGCUCUGUGCACCCCUGCAGGCAUGCGGAAGUAAUGAAAAAGAUCAUCGAGACAGUGGCAGAAGGUGGUGGGGAGCUUGGAGUCCAUAUGUAUCUUCUGAUUUUCUUGAAGUUUGUGCAAGCUGUAAUUCCCACCAUAGAAUAUGACUACACAAGGCACUUUACCAUGUAAAUGGCACUUCAUCCACUCACACCUGUGAAUCCCUGGGCUUUAAAAGGUGGGGAAUUUACCAUAAUUCCAUGAGGGACGGAGCUCUUCUGUAUGGAACCCCUUUUCUGGACUGACUCAAGGAACCCUUGGUCUAUUUGCAUUCUGUUAAAAAGCAUGAUACGUGGGGAUUUCAGAAUGUUAAGGAGAGCGGCGCAGUGGCUUAUUUCAGGUCUGUGCUUGGUUCACUUACCACAAACGUUGUACUGCUUCAUCUGCCCAAGCUUUAGCAUUAAAAUCCUAACUCUUUGUACCUAAAA